AUGGCGUCGCUCAAUAGUACUGUAACGUUGGGAUCUUCCCCAAUGGUGCCUAAAUAUAUUCUAGACAUCUUCAUGGCUGGGAACAUUAUCUUCGGGGAGCUGAUAACUAUCAUCGGCAUCAUCGCAAAUAUCAUCAACAUCGUCAUCUUUCGCAGACAAGGAUACGACGACACCGUCAACAUUUCGUUAACCGCUCUAGCGGUCAGUGACCUGGGCUCGCUGGUCACCCUACUGCCGUUUAACGUCAUGGUCAACCCGUGGUUCGAAUCUCUGGACCUGAGCUUCGUACCGCUGGACGUGUCCGUGUUUCUCUCCUUUUACCCCCAUAACUACUUCAUCCGUGUCUGUGGGUUCAUCACGGCCUUCGCUGCCUUUGAGCGAUGUCUUUGUGUUGUCCUGCCUCUGAAAGUCAAACAAAUCAUCACAAAAAAAGUCGCUAUCACAACAAUUAUUUGUAUUUAUCUCAUCACUCUACUAAACGAGUUCCCCUCAUACUACGUCAUCUACCUAGACUGGAAAAAAACAGCUCGAGUGAACAAAACUGUUCUUAGUAUCGCCUUCAGAAGCUACAGCAGCUCCGUGUUCAGUGUGUCGUAUUUCAUAACAGACAUGUUAGUCCCACACUUUACUUUCCUGGUUCUCAUUGCAUGUACGUCCAUCAUCGUAUUCCAGCUAAAGUCAAGGUCCAAUUGGAUUCGAUCCAUAUCCAGUACAACUAAAAAAGUCGCGACCAUCUCUAACAAAGAGAAGAAAGUCGGGCUAAUGCUGGUUGUCGUGUCGGUGUGUUUCAUCGUCUGUCUGACGCCGCAGACGGUCAUCAUGUCAGCCGUGUGCGUCGUGCCGGGCCUGGGUCUGUACGGCAAGUAUUUUGACGUGGCCUCCGUCAUCUACUGCCUGGCCUACUACUCUGAGUCUAUCAACUCCAGUCUCAACAUCCUCGUCUACUACAAGAUGAGCUCCAAGUACAAGAAAGAGAUUCAUAAAGUUUUUCCAUUUCUCAAAACCCUCAGAGAUUACAAGGUAAAAUUGCUCAGUGAAACAUCAACCACAGAUAUCAUGUAA